UACAUUAACACAUGUGCUGUGAAGUUUAUCCUAACAAGAACAAAACUAUUACAAACAAAAUAACUCUUCCAAAAUUCAAUUCUCACCUCAAUUUUUCAGAUGGAUUCUCCAAACGUUGUCGUAACUCACUCUCUUAUCUUCCUCGUUUCUCUUCCACUGCUUCAAAUUCAACCCUAAUUUUUGUUUGUUUUUGCAUUCUUCAGAUCACGGCGCCAUCAGUAGGUAGGAAGAAUGUAACCUUAAUCUGCGUCCCUGUAAUAGCGGAAUCAGUUGAAAAAAUGAAGAUAGAUAUGCACAAAGCCAAAGCUGAAGGUGUAGACCUCGUCGAACUUCGAUUGGACUCCUUGAACACCUUCAAUCCCUUUCAAGAUAUUAACAUUCUCAUUCGCCACCGUCUACUACCAUUGUUGUUCACGUACAGGCCCAAAUGGGAGGGUGGUAUGUAUGAUGGUGACGAAAACAAACGGUUGGACGCACUAAGGAUAGCAAUGGAGUUGGGAGCUGAUUACAUCGACGUUGAACUUAAGGUGGCGCCUCAAUUCUAUGACUCUAUACGUGGGAAGACAUACAAUCAAACCAGGGUCAUUGUUUCAUCUCACAACUUUGAACUUACUCCUUCAACUGAGGAUCUGGGCAACCUUGUAGCAAGAAUACAAGCAACGGGAGCAGACAUUGUGAAAAUUGCAACAACUGCUGUGGACAUUGCUGAUGUAGCACGCAUGUUUCAAAUAACGGUGCAUUCUCAAGUAAGGAAUGUUCCGUUGAUUGGAAUUGUUAUGGGUGAUAGGGGGUUGAUUUCUCGUGUACUUUGUGCGAAAUUUGGUGGGUAUCUGACAUUUGGCACCCUUGAGUCAGGAGUAGUUUCAGCUCCUGGUCAACCUUCACUUAAGGAUCUAUUGCAUCUAUACAAUUUCAGAGCACUAGCACCUGAUACAAAAGUAUAUGGGCUUAUUGGAAAGCCUGUCAGUCAGAGUAAAUCACCCACGUUAUUGAAUGAAGCCUUCAAGUCAGUUGGUUUUAACGGUGUUUAUAUAAUUCUAUUGGUGGAUGACAUUGCCAAUUUUCUCAGGACUUACUCUUCUACGGAUUUUAUGGGAUUCAGUGUUACCCUUCCUCACAAGGAGACGGCAGUUAAGUUGUGUGAUGAGGUUGAUCCAGUGGCUAAGUCUAUAGGGGCUGUGAAUUGCAUUAUCAGAAGACCAACUGAUGGGAAAUUAAUUGGGUAUAACACAGACUACGUUGGUGCUAUUUCUGCAAUUGAGGAUGGGUUACGAGGUAACCAUAAUGGUAGUAGCACAACUGUUUCUCCAUUAGCCGGUAAGCUGUUUGUUGUAAUUGGGGCUGGUGGUGCUGGGAAAGCAGUUGCUUAUGGUGCGAAAGAGAAAGGAGCAAGGGUUGUGAUUGCGAAUCGUACCUACGAUCGAGCCAGAGAACUUGCUGAUGCAAUUGGAGGAGAAGCUUUGCCCCUUGCUGAUUUGGAUAAUUUCCAUUCGGAGGAUGGUAUGAUUCUUGCAAACACAUCAUCAAUUGGAAUGAUUCCAAAAGUUGACGAGACACCUAUUUCUAAGCAUGCUUUGAAACAUUACUCCAUAGUUUUUGAUGCUGUGUACACACCCAAGAUGACUAGACUGUUGAAAGAAGCAGAAGAAGCAGGAGUCACCAUUGUGACAGGAUUUGAGAUGUUCAUAGGGCAAGCAUAUGGGCAGUUUGAGAAUUUCACUGGAUUGCCUGCACCAAAGAAGCUCUUCAGACAAAUUAUGAAAGACUAUUAAUGAGGUUAGGCAAUUGCUUCCUACCCCAUCGAUUUCUUCGUACACUUCAUUAUUUCUUUUAAUUCCAUUCCUACUGGAGGAGAGGUGGUGACGGUUUGUGCAAUUGAGACACGUUGUGGGAUACCGAAAAAUAAUACGGUUAUUUGUAAGGAAAAUGGAUCCAACAGCCCAGGAAGUUGACUUACGAGUGGGAUUAAAGGGAACAACCACAGAUGGACACGUGGUGGAAGACAUGCAAAGCAAGAUGAGAGGAAAGGCACAUGAUCCAAUAGCAUAAGCACAAACUUGAAGGGCGAUGAGUAGAGUAUUCUCUAGUAUUAAUGUAAUAAGAGUUUAGUGAGAGAUGGAAGAGUGGUUGGCAUUUAUCUUCUCUCUCAUUUAAUUUCUUUGUCCCUUUUGGUCUUUCUUUUGAGAACCAAUUUCAUUAGUGAAUUAUAUUGUAUGUUUUUAUGAAAUUUCAUGGUCGUCAAUACAUUAAGUA